UCUUUCCUUUGCGCCCUCCUUUUUCUCUUCCUUUCCUCUCUGUCUUCAACAAUAACAUCUUUCUCUGUUUUUAAUCUCACAAUUUUCCUCUCUCUGUAUAUUAUUAUAAUUCUCACCUUUCUCUCUCUAAAAACCAUUUUCUCUGUCUAUCUCAGAUCUGUGAUCAGACAUCACUUGAGGAGGGGUGCCUAAUUUACAGAGUAUUUGGCUGCUGCUAAGCAUACAAUAUCCAAAUGAAGAAAGCAUUUGAUCAAACCGUGCGGGACCUCAAGAGAGGUGUGAAUAAAAAGGUUCUUAAAGUCCCUUCAAUAGAACAAAAAGUUUUGGAUGCGACUAGCAAUGAGCCCUGGGGUCCUCAUGGAUCACUUCUUGCAGAUAUUGCUCAGGCGUCAAGGAACUAUCAUGAGUACCAAAUGAUUAUGUCUGUGAUCUGGAAGCGUAUCAAUGAUACUGGAAAAAAUUGGCGGCAUGUUUACAAGGGUUUAACUGUUUUGGAGUAUUUGGUAGCCCAUGGGUCUGAACGUGUCAUAGAUGAUAUACGGGAACAUGUUUACCAAAUAUCUACACUGUCUGAUUUUCAAUAUAUCGACUCCAGCGGGAGAGACCAGGGAAGCAAUGUCAGAAAGAAAUCUCAGAGCCUUGUGGUUCUUGUUAAUGAUAAGGAGAGAAUUCAGGAAGUUCGCCAAAAGGCAGCUGCUAAUAGGGACAAAUUCCGCAACACGUCAACGGGUGGCAUGUAUCGCCCUGGUUCAUAUUCUGGUUCCGGAGGGUAUGGUGACAGAUUUGAUGAGGAUCGUUAUGGAGGCAGAGAUGAAGAAAGAAAUGGUUAUGGGAGGGAAAGGGAAUGGGGCAGCAGAGAUGAGGACAAAUAUGGCAGAUAUGGAGACUCCAACAGCCGUGAUGGGGAUCGCUAUGGUAGAGAUUAUGAUGAGCGUAGCCGAGAUGGAUACAAGGAUGAUGAUUAUCGUGGAAGAAGCCGGAGCACUGAUAAUUAUAAUUAUGGAUCAAGAAGUAGAAGUUCUGACAGGUACAGGGACAAUGCCAAUGAUGACGAUGGCCAAUAUUCUUCUAGGCCGCUUGAAAGGAGGUUUUCUGAACAAAACCUUAGUGCACCUCCUAGUUAUGAGGAAGCUAUUGGUGGUUCACGCAGCCCAACACAUAGUGAAAGGGAUGUAGAAACUUCUUCAGCAUCCGCACCCAAAUCUUCUUCUCCUCAUGCAAGUGCCAGUCCAAGCCCAGUUACUAUGCCUGCUGCCGCACCAGCUACUAUUCCACCACCAGCUCCCGCCACAGCUACCACUUCACCACCAGCUCCAGCAGCAGCUACUGUUUCACCACCAGCUGCAGCAGCAGCUAUUGCUCCACCACCAGAAAACAAUGUUGUUGAGAGUUUUGAUGAAUUUGAUCCCCGUGCAUCUUUUUCAGCAGCGGCCCCAUCUCCAUCAAAUGGUCCUGUGUCAACUACUUCCGGUGGCGAAAUAGAUUUACUUGGCUCCUUAUCUGACCCGUUUUACUCCAACUCGUUAGCCCUUGUACCUGCAGCUUCCAGUGCCCCCGAGGUUAAUCCGUCUGGGACAACUGGCACUGAGACCAUGUUUGGGGAAGCAUCAUCAGUAUCUACCGGCACUAACCAGAUGUUCGAGGAUCCUUUUGGUGAUGGUCCUUUCAAGGCUAUGACCUCGAAUAGCGUGCAAACUCAUCAGCAGGACACUACUCCAUCUUUCCAUCCUAAUUCAAAUCAAAGCCCCGAGCUUCCUCAAUCAGUCCCUCAGGGUGCUGAGGUCUCAAGUGCAGCAUAUAGUCAGUUUCCUCCUACUAAUAUGCAAUUUCCUCAGCAGGAUCUGUCCACCUCUAACCAGGAGAUUGACAUACUGGCUGAUAUUCUCCCACCAUCUGGUCCUUCACCUCCUAGUGAUCAUGCAAUCCCAAGUGUCCAACCUGCGGCACAGACAGGUUUUGAGUCUCAUGGUGGACCAACUACACAACAGACAGGUUACAUGGCACCUCCUGGCCAGGCUGGGGCGCUGACAGUUUUUGGAGCUCAACCUGGCCAACAUUCACCACAAACCAGUUUCCCAACUCAAGGUCAAACUGUAUCUCCAGUGGGCUUUCCUGGUCAAGCAAACAAUUCUCCAUCUUAUGGAGGUUAUCCAGCUCAACCUGGUCAAGCAUCACAGGCUGGUUUUGGACCCACAAGUGGUCCACCCACAUCCGGUUUUCACUCUGCAACAGGUUUCUAUCCACAGUCUGGUUAUCAGGUUCCUGCUGGCAAUGCCAAUGCUGGAGGUUACAAUCCAGGAUUAGGAUCUACAGGUCCAUUUGGUCCCCAAAUGGGUCAAACAUCUGCUGGACAACCCUACCUUUCACAACCGACUGCUGCAUCCCAAAUGCCUUCACAAAUGCAGCUUCAAUCUUCACAAACUCAAACGAGUAAUGCCUUAGUGCUGACACAAACUUCUCCAGCCAAAGACAAAUUCGAGACGAAGUCUACAGUUUGGGCAGAUACAUUGAGCCGUGGACUGGUCAAUUUGAACAUUUCUGGAUCUAAAACAAAUCCAUUAGCUGAUAUUGGGGUUGAUUUUGAUGCUAUUAAUCGCAAGGAGAAAAGGAUGGAGAAACCCAGUACUGCCCCCGUUAUAUCAACUAUUAACAUGGGCAAAGCAAUGGGGUCAGGUACCGGAGUUGGCCGAGCUGGUGCAGGUGCUCUACGGCCUCCAUCAAACCCAACGGUAGGUUCUGGUAUGGGCAUGGGCAUGGGUAUGGGUGGUAUGGGUAUGACUGGUGGUGGCCCUGCAGGGGGUCCUGGUAUGGGAGCAUAUGGAGGAGCAAACCAGCCUUACGGCAUGGGGAUGAAUAGACCUAUGAACAACAUGGGCAUGGGAAUGAACAUGGGUCAAGGAUUUCAGAUGCAACAACAGCCUUCCGGAUUUCCUCCUGGACCUGGAGCUCCAAUGCCGGGAGGUUACAAUCCCCGGAUGGGCAUGGGUCCCUAUGGACAACAACCAUACGGUGGAGGAUACCAAUGAAAUUUAGCCCAAUUCUGAAAGUAAAAAACCUUUGUGUCAUAAUAUCCAGAAUGUUUUUUGUCGGUAAGCCUAUUGAACUCACCCUCUGUUGUAGAGUUGAUGAUUUUCGGGUGCGUUUAGUUUUCGAGGAUAAAAGUUAUAGGAGUAUAUGUUGAUUCCUUCUUCAAUGUUGUUCUGCAAUUGCAUUACCAUUUAUUUACCAUUUGGGGUCAAAGAUUGCUUGCAAGACCCCUCAUAAUGUUUUGUUGUUGUGCUUUGUAUACACUCGAGGAUCACCCCGGUUUUCCUCUUUUUGCCACUUGAUCCAUAUAUACACGUGUAGAAUUUUUUGAAUCAUUAUUGUAAUUGUAACUUGCUGAACAUGAAUUUGAUGAUUCUUCUUGUA